CGACAGUGCAUAUUAUAACAUAGGCGAUCUUGCUGCAGUUUCCGAAUCUUCACAGAUGCUCCAGAAGUACAAUCCUUGUAGGUGCCAAGGGGCAGCUGAUGGUGUGUCCAGGGUAAGAAUAUUCUGAAGCCUCUCAAUCGAGUCGAAAGAUCAAGCGAGGUGUACAACCCAGCCGGCCGCCGUGAACUUAUCCUGGACCCUGAAUUCAGGCUUGAAUAGAAUAAUACGGAGGACGAGGUACAAUUUUCCUUGUGAUACCACAGGCAAAAAUGAAAGAAGGGAGGCAAAGCGAACAGAUACCUGAUAGUGUGGUGGCGCAAGUUCAGAAGCGACAACAUCAUUCUCAGGAAAACUUCCAUGAAAAUUCACUCAAGAUGAAACUCGACCCAGUGGCUGAUCGCUUUCGCUUUUACGUAGUAUCUAACGGUACGCGUGGAGCAAAUGACGAUCUGGCUUUGAGCACAAGCCAGCUCCGUAUGCAAGCGGGCUAGUCAAAAGCACCUGAACUUCUCCUUCAGAUUUCAUCCCGGAAGGCAAUCCAUGGCCUGAGUAAGACUCAUGUUGACGCAAUCAGAGCUGAGUUCCCCGACGUUAUAGCACUACUCAACAUCAUGCCAGUCAUCUGAUCAGAGAUCAUAGGCUUAGCAGGGUCAGCAGCACAAACUGAUGACGCGCUCUUACUCAACUCGUUGUAUGGAAGUACCUGAACGGCGCACAGAAUCCAUGCGCGUUCGACACGUACUACGAAUAGAUGAUCGCAUCAAUAACGCGCGUCUUGCAUUGUCCAAGGCAUGCGAUGUCAC